AUGUCAACCCAGGUUACCUUGGAGGACUUCUCCGAGCAGAUGCGUGGCAUCACGGACAACGAGGCCAAAGUGGCUGAGGAGCAAGAGCACCUCAGCAUUAUGCAGAUCAACGCUGCGACCGCUAUGGAGUCCGAUCUACGUGUUGCAUACACGCGACUUCAGACGAAGUACGUCCAGCUUCGUACCGACUACAAGGCGCUCGACCAUGAACUCUACCUCCUUCGCUUGGCGAUGUCCGACGGCUCGAUCUCUACGAGCGAGGCUGCUCUCAACGACCUUAUCAAGGCCAUCGCGCGGAAAUAUGCUAUCCUCAUUCGGAUCUGGGUCCCUGAACUCUUGUUUCCCGCCGUCACAACGCCUAUCGACCCCAUCGAUCCCGGGAGGUGGGCCAACAAGGACACACAACUCCGUGGUCACAUCACAGAGCUCUUGUUAUUCCUGGACGAGAAGCUUCGUGUGGCCGCGACUCAGUACCCGAUGUUUGCUCAACAUUUUGCUUUAGCUGUAGAAGCUGAACGCGGAGCCUGCGUGUCUACGAUCAGGGAGAAUAUCGGGGGCAUCCUUCACGACUUCCUCGAGCUCGAUCACAACACCUGCAAGCACUCAAGUCUUCUCAUGGCUCACCCUGGCGUCAUCGCGCUUCGCAAGAACCCCACGGAGCCGAAGGUCGAGUAUCCCAAGUACCCGAGCGUUCUCUACGAGGAUCCCAACCACCCUUGCAGGGAAGGCCUCUUCAGGUCCAGCGCGUUGAUUAAGGCUGCAAAAUGUAUCCUCUUCGGGCCGACUUCACUCGGAGUUCGCGGCGGCACCGGGGGGCGUACUGCUAAGGGCGAUCUUUGGGGCCUUGAGUACCCGACUCCCGGCCUCGUUGCUUGUAUGGCUAUCCUGGUAUCGCAUCGUGUAGGAGAGGAUGACUCCUUCAAGGCAAAGAAGAACCGCACCGGGGUGAACUGGCCGGCGCGGUUCGACUUCUACUAUAUGGCCCUGAGUUCCAGCGACACGAGGGAUUGGUGGGACCCGCUCUUCAAGUUCUGGGCUAGGGAAGUUUUCGGCAUCGAGAGCGGGUCGACGACUGUCGCUUCUCGUGCCGCGUCGUCGUCUGCUACGGUCGUCGUGGCCAUGGACAGCGUUUUUGAGGACCUCAAACGUCCUGCAUCGCCUGGUUUUGGCCACGAUCUUCCCCCUCUGCCCCCUCUUUCCACGUCCGACUCUCCUCUGUCGCCGCUGCCUCCUUCUGAGCCUGCCGAAUCCGCCAUGCCAUCGGUUUCUUUGGGGAUCCCCCCUUCCAUCUCGACGCCUAACGGUGGAGCUGCGGCGCCUGCCGCUGAAGCGGAAUCUGCAUCUGCAGUACUCCAUCGCCAUCUUGAUCUACUCUCGAUCGGCAGCCAAAGUUCUGUUACUCUAUCUACGUCCUCCGAAUCCGGCUCCCAGUCCUCGCUCGUGACCGGGACCACCGGGACCACUCCCACUGUCCCGGUGGUCACCGCUCCUGUCCUGAACCCGCGUGCGCUGCACAGGGGUCAGGCGAUGGCGUUCGAACGGUCUGCUAGUGUCGGGACCACUUCGGCCCCUUCCGUCAUCUCCGUUGCGGCUCCUCCGCCUGCUCCACUGGCGGCUCGAACCACUCGGGCUCGUACCGCAAAGGCCUCAUUGCCUUCUGCCACAAGGUCAGCUGACGCUUCUGACCUCACCGGAGCGACAUCGGCCAACGCAGGAAGAGCUAGGCGUGCAGUAACCAAAGGGCAGGCCGCUACAGGGGGUAAAUGA